GGGCGGUCCGGCUGCCAGUUCUCUGACUGAGACAAUAUGGCGGCGGAGGGUUUGUCUAAGAUCCCUGAGGUGGAUAUCGACCCGGACGGCGUGUUUAAAUACGUGUUAAUCCGGGUCCACGUGAAGCACGGCUCCGAGGAUUACCGAGACAUCGUGCGGGGUUACGGCUGGGCCGAGUACCACGCGGAUAUCUACGACAAGGUGGCGGCCGAAAUCGAGAAGAAUAAUGUGUACGACUGCGAAUGUCUUGGAGGAGGGAGAAUCAGUCAUUCCAGCAAGGACAAGAAAAUCCACAUCUACGGAUACUCUCUGGGUUUCGGACGAGCAAGGCACGCUGUGUCUAUGGAAAAAAUCCAAGCCAAAUAUCCGGAUUAUAAAGUGACCUGGGCAGAUGAAGGAUAUUAAAUUUGACUGCAAUGGAAAGUCCAUCUGUCAUUCAGAGGAACAAAAUACACCCGAUGGCAAAUAUAACGUAGUGUGCAUCUUUUGGCCACAAGGGGCAGUGUGAUGUUAUAUAGACCGUAUCUUGGUAUGCAGGGAGUGUGAGCUGAUGGGUAUUGUGCCGUAGACUCAGAAUUAAGGUUUUAAUUUUGCUUUUGACUUAUGUGGGACAUUUGAUUGAGGCUACUCAUACUGCUGUUAAUGGUGCUUCAGAGGCGCCCUGCUUCAGCAUUAAAUCACGUUUCCCAUGAUGCUUGUGGACUGCACUCACCUACACUUCCUCGCAUCAUGUUAAUUGUAAUUAAUAAACGUGUUUAUGGACUAGAUGAGCCGUCAUGGCUGUCUUGGUGCAGGAGCCUAUUAUCUGCAAGCUGGAUAAGACAGAUCCACUAAACAGAAUGACCAGCUCUCCCUCUAUAAAGGGUCUGUGCUUGGCACUGGGGAUGGAUAACUUGGAUCUAAAUAUCUGCUUUUACAAUCCUGUGACAGCGUCUCUGUCUAAUGCAAAAUAAUGCAUCUCUAUCAUUUUCUUAUCCUUUGGUCACACAAUGUAUUUUUAUUUUUUUCUCCAUAAACGACCAGUAGAACAUUCCAAUGUCUACUAAUUUGCGUGACCAUCCUGUGUUAAAAAUAAAAAGUUGCAGCAUUG